CCGCGCCGCGAUGAGCCGCGUGGUCUGGCUGCUGCUGGGCGCCGCUCUGCUGUGCGGACACCGCGCCUUCUGCCGCCGCGUGGUCAGUGGCCAAAAAGUGUGUUUUGCUGACUACAAGCACCCCUGCUACAAAAUGGCCUAUUUCCACGAACUGUCCAGCCGCGUGAGCUUCCAGGAGGCCCGCCUGGCUUGCGAGAGCGAGGAGGGCGCCCUCCUCAGCCUGGAGAACGAAGCAGAGCAGAAGUUGAUAGAAAGCAUGUUGCAGAACCUGACGAAACCAGGCACAGGGAUUUCUGAUGGUGAUUUCUGGAUAGGCCUUUGGAGAAAUGGAGAGGGGCAAGCAUCCGGUACCUGCCCAGAUCUCUACCGGUGGUCCGAUGGAAGCACUUCCCAGUACCGAAACUGGUACACUGAUGAACCUUCCUGUGGAAGUGAAAAGUGCGUCGUGAUGUAUCAUCAACCUACGGCCAAUCCUGGCCUUGGAGGCCCCUACCUUUACCAGUGGAAUGACGACAGGUGCAACAUGAAACACAAUUACAUCUGCAAGUAUGAACCAGAGGUGAAUCCAACAGCUCCCGGAGAAAAGACGUAUUUUACAAACCAACCAGGAGACACCCAUCAAAAUGUGGUUGUUACUGAAGCAGGCAUAAUUCCCAAUCUAAUUUAUGUUGUUAUACCAACAAUUCCACUGCUCUUAUUGAUUCUGGUUGCUUUUGGGACCUGCUGUUUCCAGAUGCUGCAUAAAAGUAAAGGAAGAACAAAAACUAGCCCGAACCAGUCCACACUGUGGAUUUCCAAAAGCACGCGAAAAGAAAGUGGCAUGGAAGUAUAAAAACUCAUCGACCGGCUCCAGAAAAGAAAACAGGGUUUUGUAUAAAGAAUGGCAGCAGAAGCUUAGCUUGGAAUGGCUUGAAAUCUCAGAGGAUCUGUAGGAUGAACUGUAAGCUCCCUCUUGAGGCAAAUAUUGAAAUGAGUUUUCUAUGUUUAUUUCAUUUACAAAAUAUGCUGUGCUAACAAUGGAGUGAGACAUGCUUAUUGUGCUAAAGGAUGCACCCGAACUUCAAGUAAAUGGAACGGACCGUGCGGACAGACUUGCUAGCAACACGUCGGAAGUAUGUGUGUCGGGGGCAGCUGUUUUCGCUUCUUUUACCUUUCAUAGGUUGUAAUCUAGUUAACGUAAUGUAAAUUGUAUUGAAGUUUAUGGUGUGCAAAAAUAUUUUCCCUUUAUGUCGGUGUUUGAUAAAAAUGGCCGGUUCUAAUA